AUGGGCAAAGAGGAGCAGGUCGAGGAACGCGAAGUUCUCGAUUCCAUCUUCCCAGACGAAAUCACAGACAUAUCCGAGACCGAGUACCGCAUCACGAUAAAACUCAACCUGCCCGAAGUCGAAGAUGUCGACGCCGACUCGCCCGAGAACGACGAGGUGGCCAUGAUCCUGCACGUGAAGUACCCAGAGGCGUACCCGGACGAGGCGCCCGCGCUCGACCUCUCGCCGGCGAACAGCGGGGCGUCGCACCCGCGCUUCUCGGUCGCGGCCGACAAGGAGUAUCUGCUCCGGCACCUGGAUGACACGAUCCAGGAGAACCUGGGCAUGGCGAUGGUGUUCGCGCUCGUGACGGAGCUGACCGAGGCGGCGGAGCAGCUGGUGGCCGAGCGGCGCGCCGAGACGCAGCGCGCGCACGAGGAGGUCCUGCGCGCCGCCGAGCGUGAGGAGAACAAGAAGUUCCACGGCACGCCCGUCACGCCCGAGACGUUCCUGCAGUGGCGCGAGGGCUUCCUGAAGGAGAUGGAGGAGCUGCGCGCCAGGGAGGAGGAGGAGCGCCUGGCCGAGCUGAAGAAGGCGAGGGUCAAGGAGCCCGUCAAGCUCACCGGCAGACAGCUCUGGGAGCGCGGGCUGGUGGGCAAGAUUGAUGAGGGCGAGGACGAUGAGCCCUUGGCCGACCAGGUGGAUAAGCUCAAGCUUGAGGCGUAG